GCGUAGGCGCCUUCUGUAAUGCAUUGAUGACUGCGGUCGACCAGCAGCCGACCGGUUUGAGUAGGAGGACAGCUAAGCGAACUACUGUUCUCUAGCCGAGUAUGUUUCACGCGCAGAAUACGAUUCACACAAUAACGCACCAACGGUCACUGUGAAGACGGCCAUCCGACGAUAUGAUUCGGGCAACGACAAUAUUCGUAGCCCUAAUCGGCGCGCUGCUCGCCCUUAACGCAGCGUCUGUCGACAAUGAGACAACGAGAGCAAUUGAAGAAGCAGUAGCAAGCGAUCAGUUUACAAUAGUAAUCCAUGAUGAAGGACCACUAGGUGGUAAAAAACGGCGCAAACCGGAAACCGUGGCGACCAUUGAAUUUCCCGGAUACUAUCAAUUUACUUUGAAAAUUGAUAGAAGUGAAGGUCAAGUCAUUGUUUCCACUAAGAAUAACGGUGACACACAAACAGAAUAUUUCAAUGUGAAAACGUUUGGCACGUCAUCAUCGAAAAAGGUUCUCAUACUGACUAUAGAUCAAAGGAAACCUGGUGCAACAAUGACAUUGUAUGUAAACUGUGAACAUUUUGGUACACUUCAUACAAUUAAAACUCUUCGUGAAGUUUACUUUGACAUGAAAGAUCCUCAUUUGCAAAUGAUUCAUGAUAAACGAUUUACAAUACAAGUUUUUUCUGAUACCGAUUGGAGAACUGCCUUAUCAGCUCAAAAAUGCACCAUUAGUGACAGUAGCAGCUCUGAAACUGAACAAAUGGCUGCUAUACAACCUGCUAACGAAACUCCAGGUCUUAUAAGACUAUCCCCAAGUGAUAGAGGUGAUAUUCCAAUUAAUCAAGAUUGUGACGACUCAAUUUUCGUAAAAUUAAUCACCGAUCUUCAGAUUAUGGUAAAACAAUUAAAAGAAGAAAUAUUAUCCCAACGUAAUGAAAUCAAUAAACUUCGAGAAAUCCUUCUACAGUGUGACUUUUGCAGACCAGAUAUAAAACCAACGCUUCCUCCUCCUUCAAGACCUAGUUGCAAUAGUCGUCCAGCUCCUUGUUACCCCGGAGUUCAGUGUAGUGAUAAUUUUCCCGAAGGACCCAGAUGUGGACGGUGUCCAAAAGGCUUAGUUGGAAAUGGCAAGACUUGUAAGCCAGGAAGAACAUGUGAAGAUAAUCCUUGUGCAAAUGGUGUAGUGUGUUACGACACAGUUGAAGGUUUCCAAUGUGGCCAUUGUCCAAAUGGUUUUACAGGUGAUGGUCAAAAAUGUCGUCCUCUUGGAUGCGAAGCAAAUCCUUGCUCCCCGGGUGUCAAAUGUAUUAUAAACGAAGAGUCUCCAUUCUAUAAAUGUGGUAGCUGUUUACCUGGUUACACAGGAAAUGGAACAAAUUGUGUAGAUUAUGAUGAAUGCGAUCUUGAUGAGCCUUGCGAUCCACGAGUACAGUGUAUAAAUAAACGGCCAGGUUAUAAGUGUGGACAAUGUCCUCCGGGAUACACAAGUAUUGGUAUAACUGAAGGAAAUGGAAUUGUAGGUAGAAAAAAGACCGAUGUAGAUCGUCAUCAAUGUGUGGACAUAGACGAGUGUGCUGAUAGUCAAAUCAAUGGAUGUGCCAUACAUUCUCAGUGUAUAAAUACGGAAGGUUCAUUUCGCUGUGUUGGUUGUAUCUCUGGUUUCAUGGGAAAUAUCUCGCAUGGUUGUAUAUCUGUGAGCAAUUAUGAAAGAAAUCCUUGGGUUUGUCCUGAUGGAACAGUUUGUGAUCGGAAUGGAUUUUGUGUUAAGUCAACUUUAGGAAAAUAUUCAUGUGAGUGCAAUGUAGGAUGGGCAGGAAACGGUAAAGUGUGCGGAUAUGAUACAGAUCUAGAUAGAUGGCCAGAUGAACACCUUAGAUGUAGUGAUACUCGUUGUAAAAAAGAUAACUGUGUGAAUAUACCAAAUUCUGGACAAGAAGAUGCCGAUCGUGAUGAAAUUGGAGAUGUUUGCGACUCAGAUGCUGAUAAUGAUGGCAUACCAAAUACUCCAGAUAACUGUCCUUUAGUAUCUAAUCCAGACCAAUUAGAUUCAGAUCAAGACGGCGCAGACAAAAAAGGAGAUGCAUGUGAUAACUGUCCAACUAUUCCAAACAUAGAUCAAUGUGAUACUGACCACGAUGGUAUAGGAGAUGCUUGUGAUUCUGAUAUAGACAAUGAUGGAGUAUUAAACCUUAUUGAUAAUUGUCCUAAGAGUCCAAAUCCCGACCAAAAAGAUUCUGAUGGAGAUGGUUUAGGUGAUGUUUGUGAUAACUGUCCAUACAUGGCAAAUCCUGCUCAAACAGACACAGAUAAAGAUUUAAUAGGUGACGCAUGUGAUAGCGACAUCGACAAAGACAAAGAUGGUAUACAAGAUAGUGUUGAUAAUUGUCCUAAAAUUGCCAAUCCAGAUCAGUUGGACACAGAUGCAGAUGGUAAAGGUGACGAAUGUGACCUUGAUUGUGAUAAUGAUGGUAUUUCAAAUCGAUUGGAUAACUGUGUUUUAGUCUAUAAUCCAGACCAACGAGAUUCAAACGGUGAUGGUCGAGGAGAUGCAUGCCAAGGAGAUUUUGACAGAGACAAUGUACCAGAUCAUCUAGAUAACUGUCCCAAUAAUUCCAAGAUAUUUACAACAGAUUUUAGAACUUAUCAAACAGUAGUUUUAGAUCCCGAAGGGGAUUCUCAAAUUGAUCCGAAUUGGGUAAUAUACAACAAAGGAGCUGAGUUCGUACAGACAAUGAACAGUGACCCAGGGUUGGCCGUGGGAUUUGACGCAUUUAGCGGAGUUGAUUUUGAAGGAACAUUUUUCGUCGAUACAGACUCAGACGACGAUUAUGUGGGUUUUGUUUUUAGUUACCAGAAUAAUCAUAAAUUCUACACAGUUAUGUGGAAAAAAGGUCAACAGACUUAUUGGCAAGCAACACCCUUCCGAGCUGUAGCUGAACCUGGAAUUCAAAUUAAAGCAGUGCAUUCAGAAACUGGCCCUGGACAAAUGUUACGAAACUCAUUAUGGAGCACUGAUUCUACGGAUAAACAAGUAAAACUUUUAUGGAAAGAUCCUCGUAACGUCGGUUGGAAAAGUAAAACAGCUUAUAGAUGGAUUCUUUUACAUAGACCUAAAAUCGGAUUAAUAAGACUUAGAAUAACUGAGGGCCAAAAUAUAGUAACAGAUUCGGGAAAUGUAUUUGAUUUCACAUUUAAGGGAGGUCGUUUAGGCGUAUUCUGUUUCUCGCAAGAGAUGAUCAUUUGGUCCGACUUAGUUUAUCGCUGUAACGAUGAUGUACCUGAAACUAUAUACAGAGAUUUACCACCUAACUUACAACAAGAAGUUCAAGUAGAUACAAGACGAAUGUCUAACUGAGAAUUAAUAUACUUUAAAUAUAUAUUUUAAAUUAGCAAUUUUAAAAUUGUUAAAUAAUUUUAAUUUUUUGGAUAUUCAAUUUCAUAGGUAUGUCUACCUAAAUACCUAUAUGCAGAUAAUAAAAUCAAUAUUAUAAAU